AAAAAAAAGUGGGAAAACAAGAAAAUAAGGAUAAAGCAAGAUAAGUCUAAAUAUGGCACAAUGGCAGCUGAUACAUCAAAAAUAUUAAUAUUUGCAAAAAAAAAAACAGAAAAAAAGAAAUUGUAAAGCAGAAAAGAAUGAAAAAUAAUGAUAUGGAAGAUUUUGCAACUGUGCAAGUACGUACAACAGCACGAGCUGCCAUUGUAUGCAAAACCGAGUUAAAAAAAAACACACGCAAAUAAUAAUAAUAACUACUCGCAGCAUUGCAACAAAGUAAACAAAUUCAUAAAGCAACCAAUGACACAUGGUUCCAGCGAAAUCGUCAUCAGCGCAGCGCCAACAAGCAACCACACAAUCCGCGGCGUUCAUGAUGUGUGUCUCGCAUCUCAGAGGAGGUGAAUUAGUACAAUGUAUGGUUGUUGUUUAUUUAUUACUACUACUUUUUUCCAUCAGAUUUUCUGAACAAUUUAUCAAUUUAGCGCGUCAGAGAAUAAACAACCUGAACCCAUUGAAGAAGAAGGAAUUAGUUGUAUGCAGCAGUGGACCACUAAAGCGGUUAUUCGCGCCAAUUGAAAUUGUGGGCGCAGCGCCGUAUGGUUUGUACGUCUGUAUAUAUGCGCGCAUUUGUGUGUAAGUGUGUGUGUGUAACUAUAUGUGGCAUCAUACUCUUAGGUGAUUGUAUGCAACAUGACAAUUUUUUUAAAGAGAGAUUAAUGCUCCGUCAACAUUCAUUUGAUCUUCUGAAUUUAGGGACGGACGGCAUGGCACGGCAGAAAGGCUGUUGAUGACGGCUAUAAUGACAGCGACGACGCAGUGGAUGGCGCACAGUUUGAUUGCGAAUUUCAUGUGGUCAGUAGUUGCGAAAACAUGCCUUUGAGCUAACACACCAAAAAUCAAAUAGCAAAGUGAUAGAUAAAUUAGCGUUUUCUCUACAGAAGUAAAAAUAAUAAAAAAAUAAGAUAAUAAUAAACAAGAAAAAAUAGUAAAGCUUAAAAAGCAUAAUUAUAAACAUAAAUAAUUUUAAAACAUUUUUAAACUUUACUUUAUACAAAUAGUUUCCUUUAAUUGUCACCAAAUUUUUGUUAUUAAUAAAAUGCGCAUUGUAUUUGGCAACAGUUUUUGUUACGUGAGUUUAUUAUUGAUCAAUUUUUUGUUGCUGUGCGGCAGCGAGGCACAACGCACCGUCGGCGCACGUGGCGUGCUGCGUAGAAAUUACACAGGCAAAAAACCCGUUGUCAUACAACAUCGCUCACAGGAUGCCGUCAAUUAUUAUGAUCAUGAAAAUGGUGCCAAAAUCAUAAAAUCCUCACAUUUUGAAUUGGAUUAUACGUUGGGCAGGAAAAUAACAUUCUUUUGCAUGGCGCAAGGCAAUCCACGUCCCACAAUCACUUGGUUCAAGGAUGGCGCUGAAUUGUAUCAACAUCGAUUUUUCCAGGUGCAUGAGUCUCACAUUGAUGCGGACAUUAUAAAAUCGAAAAUGGAGAUUGAUCCGACCACACAAAUGGACGCCGGCUACUACGAAUGCCAAGCGGACAAUAUUUAUGCGAUUGAUAGACGCGGUUUUCGCACCGAUUAUGUUAUGAUUAACUUUUAGAAUUGUUUCAUGUAUUUCCUGAACCAUACCAUUAGCGUGUAAAUUAGAUUUUUUCUAGAAAAAAGCUAAAAAUUUCGUCAACGUAUACGAAUAAAAUAAUAAAAGUGGA